UAUUGAAGAAGAAAAAAUGGAGGAGCAUAGAAAUCUUGAAAAAUUUGUGGAAAAAAAGCUCUAUGUAUGCAAAAAGAAGUAUAUUGACAUUCCGAAGGACGAGGGCCAAAGAUAUGGUAAGCACUUCAAAGCACUGAAAUCAAAAAUCUUUGGAAUACUGAGAAAGGAGAGUGCACAGCUGGACACCCUCAUCGCUGCGUACAGUUUGGAAGGUUUGUAUGUUUGGCCAGCAGUUCCUGAUUCUCGCCUCCUUAGGCGGCAAGUUCACGUAACUCCAUCCCAUUUCCGAUAUAUAAAGAUAAAAAAAAGUCCGGUCGUAUUCGUGUAUCCGCGCUUCGUAUUCGUUUCCACCGCGAUUCCUCCGCGCCGCGUUUCUCAGUCAUUCGUAUUCGUUUCCAUCGCGAUCCAUCCGCGCCGCGUUUCUCAUUUAUCCGUAUUCGUUUCCAUCGCGAUCCCUACGCGCCCGGGUUUCUCAUUCAUUACUAACCGCGUAGCUUAAAUUCCGCAGGCAGUGUCGGGGAUAGGUUAAAGAUCGCGAAGCCCAACGAAUUCGAUUUGGUAUUUAAGUUGGAAUUUCCGUACUACAAAAGCAUCGCCGUGACGCGAGAUCCGAAAAUUCCGGGCAACGUACUACUCGAUAUGACGCGCGUGUUAGAGCUCCUUAAGGAUGAUCCCCGCGAGGAUUUCCAGAGAAUUCGGGAACUGAUUCAGGGUCGACUCGUGGAUGCGCAAAACUUUCUCGUCGUGGACAGGCUUCGUUCUUGGCUUCAGAGCUUGUUUAGCCAAGCACUCAACCGGAUAUCAGAUCGCGUGGAGCUGGUUCCCGGCGCCGUGUCCCAUCUCAAAUAUAGAACCUGUGGGCCGGCCCACACCAUCUACGUGUACGGUGAUUAUGAGUACUCUGUCGACUUCGUACCUGCCAUCCGUUUGGCGGCCGAACAGAACGUCUUGCCCACGAAGCAACUGGAGUACUUAAACACUUCUUACUGGGAGGCGAUUCCCAAGCCUCUGAAAACCCUAACUGAAACCAGCACCAUCUCCUUUCGCUCCUCAUUUUACGCCGUAGAGAAAUUAAUGCUGCAGGGUGUGCACGAGAAUUGCCGGAAUGCAAUUAGGUUUAUGAAAAAAUUUCGCGAUGUGAAGACCAACUUGGGCAAUUGCAAGAGUUAUUACAUUAAAACUUUAUUUCUUUGGAAAAUUAUACAGGAACCAAACUCCUACUGGCAGAAUCCGCUCUCAUUCAUUUUACCCGAUAUGUUCCACGACCUGGCGGAGCACUUAGGGCGGGGAGUUAUUCCCUUUUUUUGGGACCCCGAGCUGAACAUGCUCGACGCAUUGACCCGUAAGCAAGUUCGGGAAAUGUACCUGUGCGUGCGAAGGAUUCCAAAAAUGCUGUGGGCCGCAGGGAUCAGCCGGAAUAAAUUGAGUCUUUUCGUACUUCAGGCAUUUUGUCACAAAAAGGAACGAAAUUUAAAUCUAAAGUGCAGCUCUAGGCGAAAACGAAAUGUUAUUAAGGGACUGAAGACCACUUAAAUUUGCAUGCUAAGAAAUGCUCGAACUAACGGUACCGCGCUGGACUUUGGACUCGAGUCGGCCAUGCGCACAGACGUCCAUCGGAAACGGUGUCUACUUGGGACACUCUGCGAGAAUACAGUAAAGGACGUGGCGUGGUCCGAAGGGAUUGUGGAGUCAGUGGACAGUGUCCUGCGACACGAGCGGUCCUAACAGUCGUGCGCUUCCGGGUGGUUGCAAAGGUGGUUCUGGGAAGAGCAUUGAUUCGCAAUAAUGGACGAUACACCUUGGGCGGUUCUCUAAUCUCAGUGCAAUUUACAUAUGUACUCUCUAGCAAUUGUUGAAUGUACUUUAGUAGUAAUAAAAGGAACAUCAAAUGGCA